AUGGCCGUUGCUGUAGUCGAGUCGAACUUGAGUGAAUUAGAAGGCAAUAUUAGGAGAGAUCCGGAGUCCUACCUACCAGAUUUCGAGAUUCAGUAUGAAAGUUACAAUUCUCUGGAGGCUACCUAUCUUUCUGCGCCUUCUGAAUACGUCCCUAAGUUGGACAGUCUCCUCACUUUUGUAUCGCAGAUUAUACACCUGUUCCCUGAUUAUAUUGCUAGAUUCAGCGAAAAUGUGGCAUCGACUCUCCUCUCCCGUUCUUUCGGUAUGAAUGCUCGGAUGCGAAUGGUUCGUCUUCUAUCUUGGUGUCCUGAUUUUACCUACUUAAAAGCGUUUAUGAGGCUACGAGUAAGGAAUUUCGUGACACUUCAACAAUCAGUCGAUGUCGCUUUCCGAUUGCAUCGAUGCCAAGACAAGCACGUCAGGAAAAUGCUGCGUGGUUUUGUUAUUAACGAUAUAAAACGAGUGAAUUUGAAAGGUGGAUCGGGGAAAUCCAAUGCUGUAAUUUUGCCCUUUGAGACCAUUCACUCUUUUAUUGCAACAGCGAUAAAAGACGGGAACACAACUGUCGCAAAAGAAGCAGUUAUUAUUUUGGUAGAGCUGUGCAGAAAAGGUGUUUGGAAGCACGAAAAAUCAGUUAAUUUGAUUGCCGAUGCAUGUUUAGUUAAGUCCCAAAAGGUUUAUUCUAAAGCUAUUCGGUUUUUUCUUGGCCACGCUGAGAAGUCGAUGGAACAGGAGAGUAGCAGUGAUAGUGAUGCCAACGUUGGCCUUGAUGCAAAAAUAAAACAGUUGAAGUUGGGUCACCGUGUGGGUAUAAAAUCGAAAAAGCGGACGAAGCGUCUUGAUCGUGGCAUUGACAGUCUGAAGCGUAAAAAUGAACAACGGUUGAAGAAGCCAAAGUCUACGGGAAUUAAUGUUCUUGCCCUCAGAAUGAUUUACGACCCUCAAACCUUUGCUGAAAAAUUGUUCCAUAAACUUGAAAAGUGCAACGACCGCUUAGAAAUCCGUUUGCUUCUGCUUGAGUUGAUCAGUCACCUCAUCGGUGUUCACCAACUCUUAUUAAUGAAUUUCUAUCCGUCAUUGCAACGGUUCUUGCGUCCACAACAGAGGGAAAUCACCCGACUCCUCCUAUUCGCCGCCGAAGCCAGUCAUGAUCAGGUCCCGCCCGAUGCGAUCCUCCCACUUGUACGCACUAUCGCCGACAACUUUGUGACUGACCGAGCGUCAGCAGAGGCCAUCACUGUGGGCCUGAACACCAUUCGUGAGAUAUGCGCCCGCUGCCCCUACGCUGUGGAUGCAGAUUUGCUCUCUGACCUUGUUGGCUACAAGUCUUAUCGAAACAAAAAUGUAGUUGCAGCUGCGCGAUCGCUUAUCCGGUUGUAUAGACAGAUUAAUCCGUCAUUGCUGCCGAAGCGUGAGGUGGGUCGUCCAACAGAGGCGUUGAAAGAAGCUCUAGGUGGUGACAAGGGGGAUAUGGACUUCUUGGUAGCAAGUAAUGGGCCUGCGCGUGUCUUCGGCAAGAUGUGUGCUGCAACUAGCAUCGCUGGUGCUGAGGUUCUCGUAGAAACCGUUGCUUCUGACACUGACGACGAUGGGUGCCCUAAAAAGCGACGCAGAGUCGAAGCGAACUUCGGAAGGGUUUUUGAGGUUGGGGACAAUGCUGAUGCCGAAGUCGAGAGGCAGGAAGAGGUUCUGCAGUCAGUAACUGAGGCCGAGGCUUUUGACAAUGGGGAUGGCGUUUCUGGGGAUACAGAGGGCGAAGGGGGCGCUAAAUCUCGUGAUGGUGAAGACCCGAGUGGAGAAAGGAGUACCAAGAAGAAGGACUCCAACACAGGAGGGAAUAAGGGGGUCAAAAAGAAACAGUCAAAAAAUGUCGUACCUGAAAUGAUCCUCACCACUCGUGUUCUCACUGAUGAGGACUUUGAAUCCAUCCGCAGGCGCCAGACAGAAAAACAGAUCCUCUUCGCCGCUGCGGGUGGUCGUAAGAGGAAGCGGGGCGAAGAUGUAAUGAUCGAGGAAAAUGAUCUUCAUGAUGGCUGUGCCGACAGUGAUACCAACGAGAAUAGUGAUAAAGAAGUUGAUCUGGGGGAGGUGCAUGGCCUUGUGUCAAUGAGAGACAUCACUAAACUCGUCAGGAAGCCUCGCUCCACCAAGGCAGAUCGUGUAGACACUGUCACAGAGGGUCGGGAGGGACGUAAGAAGUAUGGAUUCCAGCACUCUGAUGGCAUCUUCUUUGUUAAGAUGACCAAGGAAACCCUUGAAAUUUGUCCAGUAAAUCGCCUGAAUCCCCACGCGAGCACAACGAAUCGAGAGAAGAGGAAGAAGAAGACUUUCCAAAUGAUUAAACACAAGGUACGCAGGAAGGCGAAACGCAGCUUCCGCGAGAAGCAGGCCUCCCUGCGUGAACACUUGAGAAAAUUGAGCAAAAACUUUCGGCACUGA